GCUCUGUUCUAUAUGACAUAUAUCUCGCCUGUGGUUGGAACGUUGUUCUUGCAGCAUUUGUAAAUAUUACGAUUGACGAACUAAUAACAUUGCAACAGUGGAUUCUUAAUCGCUAUGUCUCAAACCAAAGACAAAGGAAACAGAAAAAAUCGUGGCAAUAAGAAGAUCAACAUUGGUGACAAGGGCAAAGAAAUUGUGGAAAACAUAAAUGAAAACAGUGUGGUUGUACAACAAUUUCGAAUAUAUUCAGCCGAAUUGGUCGAGAGACACGAUCGUUUUGAGAGGAUUUUAAAAAUUGGUAGGGAUAUCGCUAUCGAAAGUAAAAGGAUAAUUUUCCUAUUGCACACCAUCGAUAAGAAGAGCAAACAAGAAACUAUCCUACACGAAGCUGAAUCAAGACUGAAAAACGUGGCGCAAAAUCUGUUUAGUAAUAUUGCUCGUGAACUAGAAAAUCAAGAUGCCUAUCAGUAUUUUAAAGCCUAUCGUAGUAGCUUGGAAGAAUAUAUAGAAGCUGUUACGUUUUAUCAAUAUUUACAGUGCGGUAGUAUGGAAAAUUGGUUAGAACUAGAAAAAAAACUUACCUAUACUAUUAUGGACAAAUCUAAGGACAAAACUAUACGUGCUUUAGUUACUCCGUAUGAAUUUAUCUUAGCGGUUGCUGACCUAACCGGAGAACUCAUGCGUAAAUGCAUUAACAAUUUGGCAAUGGGAGACAUAGCUAGUUGCUAUCAAACAUGUAAUUUUGUCAGAAACAUAUAUACAGGUUUCCUAGGUUGUACCAAUCCAUCCAACAAAGAAAUGAACAGGAAAUUAUGUACCCUCAAACAAAGUCUACAUAAAAUGGAAAAUGUUUGUUAUACUAUUAAAGUAAGGGGUUCAGAAAUACCAAAGCACAUACUAGUAGAUGUAGCUACAGAAGAAUACGCGGAAAGUGAUGAAGGAUAUCAAGCUUAUUAAUUAUACCGGAAUGUAUAUAGAAAUAAUAUAAGCAGCAAACUUAAAACUAGCCAUAAAUAUUUGUUAAGAAUUUUGUACGGUUCUCUUAACAUGGUCCUUGUAUCAUGUAUUAAAAUAAAUUGUUAGAAAUUUUGUACUUUAAUGCCAUA